AGUUGGCGCUGUACUGCCAAACAGGUAGCGAAAAAAAAACUAGUUCCGCACUCAACAAGCAAACAAUCUCUCGCCCAGGAAAAGUGCCCUAAAAUGUGAGAAAAAGUGUGUGGUGAACAUUAAAAAUCAGUGUGUACCAGUGCUAAAGAGUCUGCCCGGUGGAAGAUGUGAAAAAGUACGUGGGAGGAUGUCCGGACAAGUGGGUACAACGAGGGUUCAGUUGAUGUGUACAAAGUUUGAGAAUUUGCUGAAGGAGGAGCACCAGAGUCGCCAAACCAUCCCCAAGGUAGCCCCGAAGGGUGGUCAAAGACCCCUACUCCAGCGUUCAGCCACCGCCUUCACCCUCAGGCGGGUGGACAGUGCAGAAAAAUUGAGUGGAAGUGAAAGUGCUUCCAAGAGGAUCAAAAGGAGUCCGGCUUUCCGGGAAAAACUCCAAGCUAGGAGUAGGAUAUCCUCAUUUCCUGUGCCUGGGGUGUCUGCGGAGUCUCGCUUGGAGCACAGUGACACAGUUCUGAGAGCUCUGAAGCACCCACUGCCCAAGGGGCCACCUCCAAAGAAGCCCCCAAGGACUUUUGAAGCUUCUGGACUUAUCACACGUACCAGGAACUCACCAGCGACUGAACACAUCUACAUGGAGCCCUUUGAACACCUAAGGAGUCACUCUGAGGGCACAGAGUCUUCAACAGCCUCCACAGCCAGUAGCAGGGAAUUCCGGGAGUCUCCGACAAAGCCUGAACUACACUAUCUCUGUACAGACGUCACAGGACUCCAGGAAGAGGGAUCUUUUGAGAAGAUCUAUGACCAGGUGGGGGAAAUUGUGACUGUGGCUUUUGAUAAAUCCGUGUCUGAUGCCAAUAUAACUCUCCUGCCGCCGGAAGGUGAUUCCACCGAGAGGAUUAGUGGUACGAGAAAGGAACCAAGUACAAAUCUGUCGAGAUCUUGCACGGAGAAGCGACGGGAAUACGUUAGGAGGACAUCAACGCUCUAUGGAACGCUCCAUCGAAGGGAAUCUGUUGAUUCAAGUCAAAAAUUCACCAGUCAGAUUCCAGAUCUCUUCAGGAUGUGCCUUUUGGUAGAGUUUAAUUCAAUCACAAAUACUGCCCACAUUAAGAGUCACUUCCCGCCAGACUCAGUGAUUCCUCGGAAUGUUGAGCAAUUGGUAUUUCCCUGUGGGGCUAAGCAGAGCGAGAGGAGGACAAGGGAUGGCCAGGAUUAUUCAUUGAUCCUGACAAAUGAUGAUGGAGAGAGAUUGUAUGGCUACUGUCGACGGAUUUUGCCGGAAAACAGUGAAAUUCUCCUGCCAAUGGCUUAUUGUCUUCUAACGGAUACUAAAGCUCCUGGUUUCUAUUUUAAACUCCUUAAAGAGAUUGAAUCACGCCAUGGACAGACAAAAUCUCAAUUUACGAGGAUGCUGCAGGAUUUGAUGGAGCUGAAACUUCCUCCACCUGGGCAGGUGUUGAACCUCAAACUCUCCACGCCUGCCAAUAAUAAUUCUGUUCAGAAAAAUCAUGGAAUCUCACAGGAUUUCUCGUGUAUCUCAACAGCGAGUUUCCUCAAUACAGACAUGGUCUUCCUGAGGCGUCCGUCGGAUGUACGUCUCGAAAGUAGUGAUCUCUGGCUCCUCCAUCGAACUCUGGGCUCUGAACUACUUCUCCAUGUCUUCGGGACACUUUUGCUGGAAAGGAAAGUGGUGCUAUUCAGUGAGAGUAUUUCCCUGGUGGCUUCGUGCAUUCUGGCUCUGGCAGAAAUUCUCUAUCCCUUCCAGUGGCAAUAUACCCUCAUUACAGUGGUACCCCAUCGACUUCUGGAGAUCUGUCAGGCUCCCUUUCCCAUUCUCGUGGGCAGUGUUUGCGAAGUGGAUGAGAUGGUGAUUGAUGAUGGAAUUGUUGUCAAUCUCGAUGCCAAAAGAAUGACCCAGUGUUGCGGAGAUGAGAUGACACUCAUUCCUGCCAAACUCAGAAAUUCUCUGCUAGUUUCCCUGGAGAUGUACAAUGCCCUCAAUGAGGACAAAUUUCUUCUCAGUGUCUUAAUUGCUGAAGCUUUUUUGAGAUUCUUCAUUGAGAUCUUUGAACAUUUUUUGCCCGAAGUGCCCUUCAACAAGGAAAAACUCAUCAAUUCCCACCCAAAUCCAUCUGUUCAGAUCUUCCUGGAAUGGUUCGUGGAGACAGCCAUGUUUCACAAUUUUGUCAAAAUGCGUUUGGCAAGUGGUCAUCAAAAAUUCUACAAAAUUUUCGAGGCUCGCCUAUUGGAAAAGGGUCAAGGUGAUCGAAGGAAAAUGGUUCAGAAUCUCGGAGGUCUCAGUCCAUUUGGCAAAAAAACCAAGACCCUCAAGGAACGUUUCCGGGAGUUCUUUGAGCCUUUUUUAAUUGCGAUAGUUUAUUAUAUAGUAGACUCAAAACAAAAAAAAAACUCACAGAAAAGAUUAGUUUUUAAGUGCCCCUCUUAAUAUAUAUAAAAAGAAAAGAAAAACUUCUCAAGAUACAGACACACACGCACAUUUUCCCAUGGCCAAAGUGGCCAAAUACAAAACACUUUCUUUGAGAGGAGAAUCCCAGAAGCCUCUCUAAACUUUAUGAUAUUUCUCUGUGUGAUAGAUUUUUAGAACGUUUCCUUCCACUUUUCGCGGAAAAAUAAAAUCAAAUAAUAAAAAAAAUGUUGAAUUAGUUGAAGUAAUAUUAACACGAUGAUUUGUUUUGUGUUAAGAAUUUGCAAGAGGCAGAAAUAUUGACAAAUAAAUUUUUGAGUAGUUUUACAUAACUGUCUUUUUAUAUAU